GCCGAGUGGGUGACGGUGCCGCGGCAGCUGAGCCCCCGGGCCGGCGGCGACGCCACGGCCCUUUCCUACUGGCUGAACGUGGCGGGGCGGCCGCGGGUGCUGCGCCUGCAGCCCAGGAGGGGCCUGGUCUCCCGCCCCUUCACCCUGGUCACCUACGGGCGGGACGGGGCCCGCCGGGAGGAGCACCCCUCCGUGCGGGACAACUGCUUCUACCAGGGCGACGUGCUGGGGAGCCCCGGCUCCCUGGUGGCCCUCAGCACCUGCGGCAGGGGCCUCGACGGCAUGCUCUGGGUGGAGGAUUAUACCUACCAGAUCGAGCCCGUCCCCAAUGAUCCGGCCUUUCGGCACAUUCUCUACCGCUUGGAGGAGGCCAACAACCCCGAGGGACCCAGCUGCGGACUGACGCCGGAGGUGCUGCAGCAACAAAAGGCUGUACUGCCGUGGUUCAAGGCUCCCAAGACAGAGGAGGAGAACGAAAAGCUCAAGGACUGGUGGACACACGUCAGGUAUGUGAAGAUAGUAGUGGUUGUGGACAACGUGCGGUUUGUGAAGUCAGGCAGGAGCAAAUCCGAAGUCUUGAAGGACAUCAUGCAAAUCAUCAAUGUUGGGGACACUAUGCUCAAACAACUUUCUGUCCAGCUGUUUCUUAUAGGACUGGAGAUCUGGACCGAAAAUAACUUAAUAAAUAUUUCCAACUCUAUUCCCCACGUACUUACGGACUUUAACGUGUGGAGAAAGUCAAACCUGUACAGUCGGCUGUACCACGAUGUUGCUCAUUUAUUUACAUUUCAGAGGUUUGGAAGCAGCCUGGGACUGGCAUUUAUAGGGUCAGUGUGUGAUUACCAUUGGUCAUCUGCUGUUGUUUCCUUCACUGAGAAAAAGUUGUCUGGAGUUUUUGUCACAUUUGUCCAUGAGCUGGGCCAUAAUCUUGGGAUGUUCCAUGAUAAACCAGGGUGUUAUUGCAAACGCAAGACAUGCAUUAUGUAUGAAAACAAUUCUGAAACUGAUAAGUUCAGUGACUGCAGUUACAAAGAGUACUUUGAGCUGGUUGUAAAUCGUGCUCAGUGCCUUCGUCAACCACCAGCACCAGGCAGUUUCUACACUGGGAAACGUGAAUACUGUGGUAAUAAGGUAGUAGAAAGUGGAGAGCAGUGUGACUGUGGUUCAGCAGCAAACUGCAGAAGGGAUCCUUGUUGCCGCGCAAACUGUACGCUUUCUGCAGGUUCAGUCUGUGCAUCUGGAAAAUGCUGUAAGAACUGUCAGAUCCUUCCAGCAGGAACAAUCUGCAGAGCAAGUACUGGCAGCUGUGACCUGCCAGAGUAUUGCAAUGGGACUUCCCCUCAGUGCCCACUGGAUGUAUACCUACAAGAUGGAACCCCUUGCAAAGAAGGUAUUUAUUGCUAUCAAGGAAAAUGUUCUUCCCACAGCGAACAGUGCCAGCAUCUCUUUGGCAAACAAGCCAUGGUAGCCCCUUUAGAUUGCUUCAAAGCAGUGAAUACUCAAGGUGACCGGUUUGGGAAUUGUGGUAUUGUUGACAAUAUCUAUUUUAGAAAAUGCAGUACUGAAAAUGUCUUAUGUGGUAGGAUUCAGUGUGAAAACGUAGUCAGAGUGCCUGUCUUGCAGAACCAUGGAACACUAGUCCAAACUCCUGUUCACGAUAAAAAUUGCUGGGGUCUCGACUAUCACGUGGGAAUGUCAAGAGCAGAUGUGGGAGCUGUGGAAGAUGGCACACCAUGUGGUAGUGAUAUGCUUUGUAUCAACAGGACGUGUAUGAAUGUAUCAGUGCUGAAGUACGACUGCAACAUGACAAAGUGUAAUAACAGAGGAGUGUGUAACAAUCGCAAGAACUGUCACUGUAAGUAUGGCUGGGCUCCUCCAUAUUGUGAAUCGAGAGGAUAUGGAGGUAGCAUUGACAGUGGACCCCCUCCAGCCAGGAAGAUUUCUGAGAGAACAAAAGUAAGAAUAGCACAAUUUGUUUUUUUUACUCUGUGUAUCGUUGGAGUAGCCCUUUCCAUCCAUUAUAGACAUAAAGUAGAAGGAUGUCUUAUGAAGAGAAAGGCCCAGUUCCAAAGAAUACUGCACUUGUUUCAAAGACUGAAAAAAACAGAAAUUCCUAAAGGAAACUCACCUGCCAGUGAAUCAAAAUCCACCACAGAUCAAAAAGCAUAGCUUUGGAUGCUCUUGAGGAAAUCACCCUUUAGCAGAGCCAUCUGAUAACUCAUCAGAAUAAUUCAGUGGAUUCUGAACAACUCUAAUCUCAGGUGAUAUCAUUAAAUGCAGAGUAAAUGUUA